ACCAAGUGCAACAGCCGAUCGGGCACUGGAAUGCGCAGACAUGACUGGGACCGUGGCAAGUUGUUGGACCAUGGGUGAUGCCACCUGCACAGCCUGCACCAGUGAUGCAGACUGCUCCGAAUGCGUAGCCGAUAAUGGUACAACCUCCAGUUAUACCUCCACAAGUUAUAGCUCCGCAUGUCAUAGCCCCACAAGCUAUGCCGGCUGCUUUGCCCCCGACGAGUGGGCAUGCGCAUCAACAAUCAAGCAAUCAGCUAGGCCCGAUCCAAAAUGCUUUGUUAGGUGAAAACAGGUCGCAACGACCCUCUGCGAAUGCUUUCCCUGGGCUUGGGAAUCGUGCGUACUUUACCAAGGAAUACAUGAAUCUGCUGGAGGAGAUCAAGACUACCAAGGUGCUGGACGAAGCAAAGAAGAGGAUUGUUGGCAAUAGGCGAGGAGGAGGGAUCCAAAUCUCUGGUAACUCUGGUGAAAGCCACACUGGGCAAAUACGAAGUACUGACAGAAGUGAGGAGAUGAGAGCCUGGGUCUCAUUUACCCUGGGCGAUUCUCUAAAACUCAUCACGAAGAAACUGGAGGAAGUCGAUGCUAAGGCAAGUGUGGUUGCGGCGGAGAAGGAGGAGCUUGUGAAGCUCGGAGCAGAGAAAGCGGUCCUUGAAAUGGCCAUGCGUAACAAGGUGAAGGAAUCCAGCAGUGAGAAGAGGAAGAGAGCUAUGGCUGUACCUGUUGUAUCUGCUGCUCCUGCCUCGCACGCGAGGAUCACCCCCAAGAAUAGUGCAGCGAAUGCACGUUCGCGGAGCAGCUCGAAGUCGAGAACGCGUAGAGUGGAGAUCUCAUCUGAUGAAGACGGCGACGAGGACGGGGUGAAGCAGAAUCUGGCUCCGAAGCUGGAAAAUAGCAGUGAUUUAUCGGAGGUUAAAAAACUGUUGUCCGAACUGGUCCAGGGAUUGGCGGGACAGAAAGGGAAACAGUGUGCGGUCUCCCCUGAACCGGCACCCGAGCCAGAUGUGCAGAACAAAGAUGCGGAAGAUGUGGACCUCACGCAGAUGCCAAUCAAGGAGGAAGAUGCUGACUCGGAUGAAGACGGACUCGCCUCAUACAUGAAAAUGAGGCAGGACUUCUAUAUGUCCCUGCACUUCUCCCGUGUACAAGAGCUGUGCAAGCAGAGAGGUGUGCAAUACGUUCGGAAAGACGCUAGAUCAUGGGAGUUGGCUCGAUUGGACCUGCAGGAGUACGUGGAUCAAAUUAAGGACGUAGCUCCGAAAGCGGCUGCGGAGCCGUCCCGGAACCAAGACAACGAGAACCUGAAGGACGCGUAUGAGAAUGGGGCAGUUACCGGGAACUAGCAGAUUGGUAGUCUCCGUUCCCUGAAGCGGGCAAUU